CCUGUGUAGUGACGUAAAAGAAGAGAGACGAAACGCUAGUAUAGCAGGCUUUAUACAACAGCUAGUGAAUCUCUUUUGUGUUAUUUACUAUUAAAUUGAAGUCAUGCCUAAAGUAAGAAGAAGUAAGAAACCACCCCCAGACGCUUGGGAGCUUAUUGAGCCUACUCUUGAAGAACUGGAUCAGAAAAUGAGGGAAGCUGAAACGGAACCUCAUGAGGGUAAAAGGAAAGUCGAGUCCCUUUGGCCUAUUUUCAGACUUCAUCACCAGCGAAGCCGCUAUAUAUUCGACCUCUUUUACAAAAGAAAGGCCAUAAGCAGAGAGCUUUAUGAAUACUGCAUAAAAGAGGGCUACGCAGACAAGAAUCUAAUUGCAAAAUGGAAAAAGCAGGGGUACGAAAAUCUGUGCUGUCUUCGUUGCAUUCAGACCCGUGACACCAACUUUGGAACAAAUUGCAUAUGUCGGGUGCCCAAAAGCAAGCUUGAAGUGGGUCGCAUCAUUGAGUGCAGUCACUGUGGGUGCAGGGGCUGCUCUGGAUGAUUAAGCUCAUGAUGUUUUGACACUGACUGUGCUUUCAUUCCAGAAUUGUUUAUUUCACUAUCCUUUGGAUUUCAUUAUUUGUGAGGGAUUUUUUUUGUUUGUUUAAAAAAAAUGUAAUUGAAAUGUAAUUUAACUUCUAUGUAUGAGGCAACAGUGAUGUAAUACCAAGACAGCUGCCAGAAAAGUGCUCGUCAUGGACAAACCAUGCACAGCAAAUGUUUAAUUUUUCUUGCAGUAACACAUCCAGAAUUAAAGGCCUAAAUGAACUGA